AUGUACUGGAGCUCACUGCUCUUUGCAGCGGAGUCUGCAGCCCUCGGCUUAAAAGCCUCCUUCUGGGACCCCGAGCCACUUGCUGGGCCUGGAGUAUCUCGCCCAUCGGAGAUAAUCAAGUCCUGGUUUGCUCCAUGGGGAGAUUCAGAGUCCGUGCCUGAGAGCGGUCGCCACGAUACGGGCUUGAAUGCAAUACCUGCACAGCAAUCAAAUCCGUGGCACCGGGAUACUCAGCAAGUUAUACCUAUUUCAAGAGAGGCUGAGAGUUUAGAGAAAGCUGAGGGUAACAUUACCCUGAAAGUUGAUCAGGACUUUCAAGUCAUCUAUCCUGGGCAAACGCAAUAUGUUUGGGCAAUCGUCGAGACCUGCGACGAGCCUGCAUAUGGGUCGGAAUACCUCGUCCUCGAGUCUUCUGACCUAAGCGUUUGGAAUCUUUCAAUUGCCGAGGACAUCGCCGGGUGCUAUGAGAUACAUGAUGGAGGUACGAAGAUCAGGUGCCAGUGGAUGGAUUUUUACCCUGGUACAUCGAUGCCAGUGAGGCUGCCAUUGAGGCUGGGUGAAUACACUGGACCAGAAAUAAAGUUCAAUCUCACGCUUACGUCUUAUAACUAUGGCGAGGCACCGGAAGUCAAAACGGCCCCGGUGCACUGGCACAAAAGAGACUUACUAACCUAUGUUCAAAACGAUGCCUCGGAGUUUCCGCAGCCGCGCUCCAUUACAGUGCGCUGUCUUCCGAAAUCCGAUGAUGAGCAGGCACGACUGAAGCAACAUUUCAAGUGGGCUGACUUCCAACCAACAGGCUUUUAUCUGAAUCCUAAUGUCAGCCUGGAUAUCACCGUUUCUGGACCAUUAUUCGGCUCGCAGCCGCAGUUGAUGGUUGGUACUCCCGCUUUAGUGCACCCGGAUUAUCAUAGUGAAGACAUGCCCGGGGGGCUGCGGGAGUUACAGCCGUUGCGAAAUGGUCAUAAUUUUGUGUCUGAUCCGCUCGGUGGGAUUUUGUAUAUCCGCUACUCUCAUCCUGCGUUUGUAAAUAUACCCCCGGUGACGGUUACACUCGGCAAAGGCAGUGCAGUCCAGCCAUUCCCAUUUUUCCAGGAGGGAAUCACACGCCCUGCUCAGUGGAAGGCCAUGUUGGACGCCACUACCGUCCCGUUUGCGGAGGUCAGUGGUGCACGAGUUAUUCUCACAGGUCUAGCUGCGGAUGUCAAACAUCACGCAGAUCGAGGACAAGAUCAGAUGCAGCUACUGGAUACAUAUAAGAGGAUCAUCAAGGCCCAAGAUACUAUCAGCGGUCUGAGGCUUCCUGCAUGGAGCCCUAGGGACAAGCCCAGUCUCUUACGGCCAAUGGUUGUACAAACCAGAGGGCACAUUGACCCAAAUUCAUAUAACUUUCGUGCCGCCAUUCCACAUGAAAGGAGUGGCGAGAUGUGGUGGCAGCCCGCCCUUCGCCAAUCCUGGAUGGUGUGGCACGAACUGGGCCAUCAUCGCCAACACACGAAUACAUGGAGCUGGGGUGCACAGGGUGAAGUCACAGUCAACAUUUAUUCUCUAGCCGCCCAACGGACCUUCUUCAAUGAAACUCGAUACGAUAGGCCUAUCAAAGAGUGGAACAAUGCUAAGGCCUAUCUCAGCCAAUCUGGGGAUAAGGACUUUGAUACUGCACCCGUCUACACUAAGCUUGUUAUGUUUGAGCAACUGCGUGUCGUAUUCGGCGAUCGGUUUUUCCACCUACUUCAUAUGUCCUCGCGGAGAGCACUAGAUCAACGCUCUGAUGCUGACAUGAAACAUUACUUCAUGACUAAAGCCGCACAAAUCGCCAGAAAGAACCUCACCAACUACUUCGUGAAAUGGGGACUGAAGCCUGAAUAUCGCACCGUUCAACAAAUGAAAAAACAGCCCGAACCAUCCGACGACUACACCACUUGGCCGGUUUAUGGAGGCAGCUAG